AUGCUGGUGUACGCCUGCCUCAUCCUACUGCCUGCAGCAGCAGCCUUGACCUUUUGCGACAAGGAGACUUUAUUGCUGUUCUUUGACAAAAUCGAUUUAAACAAGAACGGCAAGGUGGAACGUACAGAAGCAGAUGAUGUAGCAAAAAGAAUCGAUGUAAGUAAUGACACACGCAUUACCGUUGAUGAAGCGAGAGAAGCACUUUCUGCUGUGGAGCCUAGAUUGAAAGGGAAAGAAGACUUCUUGUUUAAUUUCUUCGACCUUGAUAAAAGUGGAGACGUCACUUCCGCUGAUGUGGAUGCAAUCUUCAGACUGGUUGACUUAGACAAUGACGGAGCUAACGCUAAAGAAGAGUUUCUGAACUUUCUUGAGAAGAUCUGCAUAUUCUAA